AGCUUUAUUUACUUUAUAAAUCAUGCAUCGGUUCACAUCAAUAGUGUCAUUAAAAACUGUGCAGGCAAAAUAGUGUUAUACAUUUGUCGGAGACCCCCCCCCCAAACCCCAGAAAUACACAAAAGGUAGAAUUUUGAUUAAUUGGGAUAUGAAUGAAAGUACAGGCUGCACAACUGUGCCAGACAAGGAAUUCCUGGGCUGACUUUUGCAAACCAGGCUGGCCCGUCUAGCAAAGAGCAAAUCUGUUAACACACCUGAGAUUGCUGGGCACACGACCCAAGGGGAAGUGGGGAUGAGCCCCAAAGGUAUGGUGGGUACACAGCCUAUGGUUUCAAGGGAAAGGUCUCUAGCAGGCUUUAGCAUGCACAGGGCAGGAGCGUAGUGAGAUUUAUUUUGUAUUAUUUCUUUGCACCAUCACUGCGCGUGACCCUUUGAAAAGAGGCUCCUUAAGCUCUUAAUUUGAGGCAAGGAGGCAACAGCGAAAGGCUGAGGGUCCAGGGUGGUCCCUGAGUCCUGCUGAAAGACAGAAGCCAGGAUCUGUCAGUUCAAACUUCUGGGUUCCCUGGCAUUUCCCAUAUGUAUCCUCUGGGACAACACUGCGCCUCUACCACCACUGGCUAUUCAUGGUCUCAGCUCGCGUGUGACGCUACAGUUCCCAGAUGGACACAGAGUACAACUGUGAACAUUAAAAAGUCAGGAGCCACCAGCAAUUUCAUGCUCUGUGAGUUUGCCCAGCAGCAUGGUGUGGCAACAUGAUAACUGGGGACUCAGCGGAAAGUGAGAGCCCAUUCAUAUGAGAGCCCAUACUGUAUCCUGCUUCUUCCACAAGGCCAGGCUCCAGGGAUGAGGCUCCAGAUCCGGCACCCGGGAUGAAGAACCGAACAACAUCCCUGCGAUUCCCGGCUGAUGUCCCUCGCACCUCUUCCCCACUGCCCCUUCUCCGUGUGGGCAUGGCUCCUUCCUGGCCCUACUUGGUGCAGAAGCAACACCCAAAGUUUCCUCCCAUUAAAACAGCCUCUCAAGUUAUUUCAGAGAGGGAGGAGACUUUGGUUUCUGCUUCUGUGCUAGGCCGAUUGGGACGGAGCCCAGACGCCCGUAGGGAGGAGGACAGGUUGGGGCAGCUAAUAAGAUCAGGGAGGGAGCCUUUCCCCAACAUAUACUUUCUUCUGGUCAAAUCCUUGGAGAGAUGUGACGACCCUCAGGUACUGGGGCAGAGGGAACAAAGGGGUCCUUCCAUAGUUUUUGGCCCAUCAGAGGCCCAUUCUCAUAUGAUGUCCUGCUUCCUCCACAGGGCCACACCUCCAGGGAUGAGGCUCCAGCGCCAGGAUUAUUAACGAGAGACCAUCAUGGUGGUUCCCGGCCCCUGACCCUCGCCUGCCUCACCCUCCAUCUGUUCCCCGUGCGGGCAUGGCUCCUUCCCGGCCCUACUUGGCGCAGAAAGAGGAGCCAAGGUUUCCCCCCAUCAAGAACACCUCCAGAGUUAUUCCGGAGCCGGGGGAGACUUGGGUUGCUGCCUCUGUGCCAAGCUGGCCGGGACGGAGCCCAGACACCCGUACGGAGGAGUUCAGGUUGGGGCAGCUAAUAAGAUCAGGUAGGAAGAAAUGCCCCCUUCCCAGGUCCCCCCCUCCUGCCCCAUACUGGGGCUAGAGUGGCUGGGAGCCAGGUGCCUGCUGGUGUCUCCGUUUGUUUUGCAGCGAGGAGAAGGUUCAGCCUGGGAGCCGCUGCAUCACGGGAGGGACUGGAGCCCAGACAAAGGCCUCUCACCCCAGAGGUACUGGGACAGAGGGAAGGACAAAGACCCCCGUAGGGAGGCAAAGUGUGGAAAGGCUCAGAGUUCUGGGCUGUGGAUUGGGAAAACCUCCAGCAGCCCAGCGGUGCUGGGAAACCCAGUGAAAUUCGGAGGUCCUAAGAGGCUACUGUACCGCAGGGCCCAAAUGGACAAAGGGGUGACGGCCAUGGAAGAUGUGGGCCACGCCUCCAGGGACGAGGCUCCAGCUCCGGCUCCCGGAAUGAAGAACCAGAUAACAUCCCGGCGGUUCCCGGCUGACGUCCCUCGCGGCACGUCCCCACUGCCCUUCUCCGUACGGGCAUGGCUCCAUCCCGGCCCGGUUUGGCUCCCUGGCUUGCCUUGUCCACAGAUGUUGAUAGCUUGGCAGGUCCUCAGCUGUGGUCCCCAGAUGAUAUUUUCUGUUGUGAAUUACUGGUUGGUAACUUCUUCUGUUUUCAUUUUCCUUUCUGUCUCACAGGUUCUCAGGCAGGAAGGGCACAGCCAUGGUGCCAUAAGAAACAAAUAUCCCUGGAGAUUGUGGUAUGUUAAUUCCUUGGGGAAUUCAUUUCCCACAUAUUUAUUUAUUUAUAUUCCUAUACCGCUUUAUAUUUUUAAUAAAAAUCUCAAAGCGCUUUACAGCAUAAUAAAUCAAUAAAU